UAAUAUAUUUGGCGUUGUCUAUUUUAUUUCGAUGAAGGCAAGAGGAGAUUGAAAACAAUCAGUGAGUUACAUGUACUAAGUGGUUAGCUUACAUCCUGCUUCAGCAAAAGAAAGUGGGUCGGGCCCCUUAUAGUCAGGAUACAUGUACAUGUACAUGUAAAAGGCAUUUUGCAGUCGGAUACAGAUCCCAUCCAGUCAUAGAUAUGAAGUAUUCAACAACUGUGAUUUUUGUUCUUUUGGCAACAUUUAGCAUAAGCCAAUUGACGACAAAUGCCCAGCAAUGCUAUCAAAAUGGAAGGGAUGGAAAAGACGGCACUGAUGGAAGAAAUGGCAGAGAUGGCAGAGACGGGCUUCGAGGAGAAACCGGACCACCAGGACCAAAGGGGGAAGCCGGAACUCCUUGUUCCCCAAGAAACGUGAAACAAUUUACAUGGACAGAUAUCAACGACGAUAGGGAUGUCGGUUUAAUUAAGGUGUGGUUUACCAAAUCAACGGGAACAUCCAUGCUCCGUGUUGGUUUCCAUGGCAAUAUUCGUGUCAUGGCCACUGCUGGUAAAUCUGUAGCCUGUCGCAGAUAUUGGUUUACUUUCAAUGGCACUGAAUGUGACAGCCCAACGUUUAUAGAUGGACAAUUUUAUGCUGACAAUACAUAUAAUGUCCACCAUCAUUCUACCAUUGACGGAAUCUGCGAGAACCUAGCAGCCGGAGAAGUGGUGAUUGGUUUUCAUGUUGGGCAAUGCAGAAUCCUUGCUUCUGAAACGGCCAAUGCAUACACAGGAUGGGCCAGUGCUACCAGAAUUAUCGUGGAAGAGUUCUAAAAAUUGCUCAAAAAAGCGUUUUUUACUUCUGCAACAUUUUUCUACUGAAUGACAUAAAUUCCCUUUACAGCAGAAGAUUACACUCUUUCAUAGUACUGUAUGUCUCGAGAAUUCAAGGAAAUAUACGUUGUAUAACGUUGGGGAUUUUUAUUGCACUCAGUAAAUUUGUUUCACUAAUAAAGCUUUUUCUCCUCUACCAUGGUUUUAUUUUGUUUAAAGCAAAAGAAAAAAUCCUACAUUUUAUAUAUAAGCAUUUACUUUAACAUGGACAAAUGGCUUCGAAUAUCAUACCAGUAAAGUUGCCUGUUCCAGUUUGGUUUUUCACAUAGCCCACUAAUUACAUCAUACCAGAAAAUCGGGAUUAUUUUAACCAAAGUGACUACAUGGGCUUAUGGUUGACGGGACAGUGGUGUGCAGAGACUUAUUAUCAUUUAUAUAUAGUUUCUAUUUCCAUUACGUUAACAAGCAAACAAAAAUUAGAGAUUUUUAUUAUUUUUGAAUGGAGAAUCAAGCCCCAAAGGACCAUAAAUAUUUCUUUAAAAUUAGUGAUUUUAACGAGCUUCUUGAAUGCUCUCAUUUCAGUGUACAUUAACUGAGCUUUCUGCUGUAUAUUAAAUGAUAUACACACUACUUUUUGUUGUAAAGUUAAUUGCUUACACUUACACUAAUUACAAUUACUGUAGUAAUAAAAAGGAAAUCAAAUAGAUGAAAAGUUAGAGUGAUAUUGAGUGUAAAGUAAGUUUCAUCAAGAGUCAACAAGUGUAGAACAUGUUUUUAGUGGCAGAAAAAGAUGGAAAAGGUCAAAGCCAAUAUCAUUUAAUGUGAUUGGUUAAUUUCAUAACAGAUUUUUAUUUUGAUCAACUGUUUAUCACAUGAUAACUAAGUUUUGGACAUGAUUCAAGUAUGAGUAAUGCAAAUAGUAUUUUGGUUAAGUUUAGUUGAAAACGAGGCUCUUAGACAUUGCCUAAUAAGGGAAUGUUCUAUGGUAAAAUCAACAUGACAAUGGAAAGUUUCUGGAAAUCACGCCAUAAACAACCAAGAGAACAUAAUUACACGCGUGAUCAGUACGGAGAAUUAGAGUAUAAAUAUGGGUAAAAUUGUAUGAAAAGUGAGUGGUGAAUAAAUGAUUGAAGACUCCA